GAUGGCUGAAGGUUCAGAGUUGUCAUUUUUUGAUCUCCACAUUGUUCACGAUAAUUUUGAUCGUGCACUUGUUGAAGGUGAUGAUGUCGACAUCAAAGCUUAUCUCGAGGCUUAUAAUGAACUCUAUAAAUUCUUUCAACUUAUGGGCACGGUUUUUAGCUUUGUUUCCUCAGACUUAAAACAAAAAAUUGAUAUUUUGAAUGAAUUAUUAAAGGAAAAUAAAUAUCAAACUAUAAAAUCAAUGAUUGAUCAUGAAAAAGAAAAUAAAUUGCUUGAAAAAGGAGAUUAUACGAAUGGAUCUAGAACUCUGUUGCGUCUUCAUCGAGGACUUGAUUUUAUUAGAGAAUUUUUGAGACAACUGGGAGAUUUGAAAGAUUCUGAAAAAACAUCGAGUUGUUGCCAGGAUGCGUACAAUAAAACUUUAGCUAAACAUCAUCCUUGGGUAAUAAAGAAAGCAGCUAUUGUGGCCAUGUAUACCAUGCCAACUAGAGAAGUAUUAUUCAAAAAAGUUUGUGGAGAUGAAGUUCAACGUAAUAUAGAUAUACUGCCGAAAAUGUUGGAAGUAACUGCCGAUAUAUUUAAUCGAACACACAAUCUUUACGAAUUACACGGACUUCACAGUUUACCAUAGGAAAAAAUUUAUUAGUUUAAAAUUUAAUUUCUCAAGUCUUUAUUAUGAAAAUGCUACUUGAUAUUUGUGCAAUACUUUUAUAAAAAAUUUUUUUCUUACAUUUAUAAAUGGAAUCAUUCCAA